AUGCUGUACGCGAUAGGCUGCUUCCUUUGCCUUUGCUUCGGCCCAGUUGGUCCGCUGUUUUGGUUUGUCGUCGCAGGCAUGCACUACUGCAAGCCGAAAUCGGUGCGCGACAGCCUACCUCAAGAAGCACAGGUAGCCAGGGUGUCCCUAAUGACCGCAGUCGGAUCGACGAUUGGCCUUGGGAUCCUCAUUUUCCUGCUUGUGACGGUGGUGGCGCCCAACUCCUCGCUAUACAGGGGCCCCUUCGCCUGUGAGGCGCCGUGCUCGGGCUGGACGAGCAGUAGCUCUCCGGCAGACGUCGAGGUCUGCCAAAACAUCUUCUCAAGAAGAUGUGCGCGGCCGGACGCUCGCGGCUGUUUAAGAGAAGAGUCUCGCUGCAGGCAGGUGGCGACCACUGAGAGUUGCCCCCAGAGCUGCGACACCUUCUCCGGGUUUGCUUCAAGGAUGGACGAGUUCGUCUGUUUCGACAACGCUACCCGCGUGUGUAGUGAGAGCAUGCAAUCGUCAUGCCAAUCCAACUUAGAGAGAUGUCGACCUCUUUCUUGA